UCUCUUAUCCCGGAGUCCGGGCCCCUCUCGCCUCCCGUUGGGGCCCACAUGAGCUCUCCCGCCGCAUGGACCCCGAGGACGCCUUCGCAGAGGAGCCGCGGAAGAGCAUGGAGGGCUUGCCUUUCCCGGCGCCCGGAGGAGGAGGAGGAGGCGGGAGCACGAGUAGCAGCAGCAACCGGAACGGGACUCCUCUCCCAGGCCCUGGCUACCCCUCUUUGGACGCCGGGGAGCCCUCCGCCAAGCCUUGCUUGCCCCCUUCGGUCUCUUCCGCCGCCACAGCCUCGCCGUUCUCCUACGGAUGCUUCCCCGGCGGAGGAGGAGGCGGAGGAGGCGGCGGCGGCGGAGGAGGAGGGGGCUACUAUUCCUACCGCGUGGCCCGCAGCGCCCUCAAACCGGGGCCCAUGAUGCCCCCGCAACCGGGCUACCCGGAGAAGUACCUCGAGGUCUGCAACGUGGCGGCGGCUGAGGACUACCCCACUCGCCCGGCGGAGUUCGCCUUCUACCCGGGCUAUGGCGGGCCCUACCAGCCCGUGGCCAGCUACCUGGACGUUUCCGUGGUCGGUGGAGGGGCCGCUGGGGAAGCCAGGCACGAGGCGCUCUUGCCCGUGGACCCUUACCACGAACCCUGGGCCCUGGCCGCCGGAGGGUGGAGUGGCCCCGUGUGCUGCGCCAAGGAGCCCAGCCCCGCCGCAGGGCACUUUUGGAAAACCGCUUUUGCAGAGGCUGUCGGGCAGCACCCGGCCGAGGCCUGCACCUUCCGCCGAGGGCGCAAGAAGCGCAUCCCGUACAGCAAAGGGCAGCUGAAGGAGCUGGAGAAGGAAUACUCCAGCAGCAAGUUCAUCACCAAGGACAAGCGGAGGAAGAUCUCGGCCGCCACCAACCUCAGCGAGAGACAGAUCACCAUCUGGUUCCAGAACCGGCGGGUGAAGGAGAAGAAAGUGGUGGCCAAGGUGAAGAGCGCCAGCGCCAACGCCAACAGCACCAGCGCCAACAGCACCAGCGAGACUCCCUGAAGAAGAGAGGCCGGGAAAGAGAGACAAAGAGAGGAAGAGCUGGAGAAGAGCUGCCUCCUCCCUAUGGCCCAAUGCGGGCAAGAGGAGGCGAAGUCGGUUUGGGAGAUCCGAACUAAGACAAAAGAGUGGCCUUUGGGGAGGGGGGCGACCUCCCCAUCUCCACCCAGUCCAAUUCUAUAUGUACAAUUCAAAUUCCCCUGCUUAUCAUUAUUUUUUAAACAUAAUUAUUGUUAUUUUAUGUUGUUAUUGGGUGCUCCUUCCUUCGA